AUGAUACGCACAGUUUACGUCACGCUUGUCCUGUGUUUUAUUUUGAUUGCACAGCCAUCUGUGGGAGUAAUCAACGCGGCCCGUCGUCCAGAAGGCGCUUACUGCGGGGAUUAUAUCGGCAUGGUCAAGGGACGCAUCUUGGCCAGCGCAGCUUCUGAAAAGUUUGAUAUUUUGCUUGAUAUCUUUCAUGAAAAGUACAGCUGCAAAAACGAAAAAUACACCUUUGACGAGCGGACUAAACAGAUAACGAUCAUUGGUGCAACGGACCCCAAAGACUGCCUGGGCAAGGUUUUGGUGGAUAACGGGCUUUCACUCGCCGUGUCGUAUGCUGAGAACGAAAACACCCUUUAUCUGGACCUUGGCAUUGUCGGGAUCAAGCUCGCAGCGUGCUCGUGA